AUGUCUGACGCACGAGUUUGAAAAUUUUGCAUCGCAGUCAAUCUCACUUAUUCCCUUAAACAAUUUAUCAAUUUCGAAACCAAUCUGUUGCUGUCUGAAACCUUAAAUCAGGUACUAAAUUCCUUACAAUGAGAUGAACAAAAUCAAAGGGAGCUAGCCUUUUUACGAGAUGAGCUAGACCAAGUUUUAAUAGAUAAUAGCUGAACUAUUUCAUGCAUUGAAAAAGAUCUUAUUGAUUUACCAUUACAACAAAAGAUCUUCUGUGCUGCUGAUAAAAUAAUGAUUUUAAAAGAUCUUCCAUCGAGAAUUUGCUCAAUUAAAAUAAAAGAAAAUGAAAAUAGCUAUUUUCUUGUCGCAGCGCUUUUAGAAAAUGGCAAAGCACUUUAUCAUUGGAAAGAUGAAGAUUGAUACAAAAUUGGGUUUGAUAAGUCCAUGCCUGAUGAACCGCAUUAUUUUUACUUUUGCGAGGCUCCUCUACAUGAUAUAGAGCGGAUUUUAAACUCUAAAUGCUAUGAAAAAAUAUAUUCGCUGCUUAGAGACUCGCAUACCGAAAAUGAGUCUCUACUAGAUAUUAGUGAAGCAUCUGAAAUAAACCAAAGAGCUAGCAUAGAUGAAAGUAAAGAAAGCAAUGAAAUUAUUGAAAAAGGGGUAAAAGAUACAAAAAAUCAAGAAUUACAAACUGAAAUUGACAAUGAGCAAGUCUGCAAACUUAAGCUAUCAAUUAAAAAUUUACAGCAAAAUGUAAAAAAACUCGAAGGUUCAAAUCAGAAAUCGCAAAACCUAAUAAAUUCUUUGAAACAUGAAAUUCAUGAGCUUAAGGAGCAAAGAAAAGCCUCAGAAGAUAUAAAAAAUAAAUAUGAAUCGGAAAUCGCUAACCUUGAAAAAGAAAAGAAAGAAAUGCAUGACACCAUUCAGCUCCUUCAUAAUCAAGGACAACAAAUGAGCGCGGGCCAUAAUUUCCAACUAGUCCAAUUGGAAAAAUUAAAUCACGAUUUAGUUUAUGAGAAUGAAUCAUUAAGAGAAGAAUGCAGAAAACUUAAAGAAAGUCAAAUAAUUGAGCUACCUCCCAAUCGUAAGCACGGCCUUCCUAAUUUAGGAAACACCUGCUAUUUGAAUUCUCUUUUACAAAUAUUUUCGAGUACUCCUGCCUUUGAGGCUGCACUUCAAAGUUUAACCCAGCCAUUUUCAAAAUCUCUUAAAGACCUUUUGCUCAAUAUGAAAAAGGACAACAGCCCUCGGACUAUUGGAGGCUUGACAAAGUUAUUUUUAUCAAAUCUGGUGCAAAAUUAUCCGUUUGUAAAAGUUAUUUAGCUUGUAGCUUACACUCAGCAAGAUCCUAAAGAAGUUUUGAAUAUGAUUUUAAGCAAAUUAGGAGAAGAACAAAGGAAUUUUGAUAUUUUUUCAAUUGUUUUUGAGCAAAACCUAAUAUGCAGUAAAAAGCACAAAUCAGCUUAUUCAGAUGUCAGCUCAUUUUUAGUAAUUCCUCCACAAUAUAAAGAAUACCCAGAGAAUUUUAUCCUCAGCAAAAUUAAUAAUCCUUCAAAGAUUAAAUCAUUUUGCAGUCCAUGCAAAAAAGAAGCUGAUAUUAGCAUUUCUGCGACUCUACCCGUCUACCCACAACAUCUUAUCUUUUAUUUUCCAGCUUCUCCUCAGGCUCUAAAACCUUAUAUUCAUUUUAAUAAAAACAAUUGAUAUGAAUUAUAUGGAGCUAUUUGCUAUUAUCAAGAAGAAAGCUUUCAUUAUACUGCAUUAACUAAAGAUGGAGUUGAUUGAAAUGAGUAUAAUGAUGAGCACGUUGAAGCUAAAAGCAUAAACCCAUCCCUAGUAUUUUUAGCAUUUUAUUCUAAAGCACCUCCAUCAAUUCCUGGUACAAAGGCUGCUCCCAUCCCUACAUCUGUUUAAAAAAAUUUGAAUAAAUAAAAUGGCAUUCAGUUCUAGAGAAAUAAGCUUUACUAGUUUUCUCUCCUCAUGAAUUUUAUUUGUGGGAUUUGGUUUUAGCUGGAGAACUUCUGCACAGCAACAAAGGUUUAACUUUAGUCGCAUAGGGCUAGAGGAAGUGCUCCUUAGCGCAUUCAAGCUAGAGAAACUGCUCCUUAGCGCAUUCAAGAGGCUUGGGUUUUUUCCAAUCAGCACACCGGAGAAGGCAAUUCUUAAGAGGAAUAUGCGCAGGAACUGAUUUUGGCAAGAGCAACGGGUGAGAAGUUUCGCUUUGAAAUGGUAGGAGCAUGCCAAGGAAGGCCUCCCAUGUGUUACGGUAUUUAUAUGGUGGAAUGGCCCAUGACGUAACUAGUUCUUCAUAAUCCUUGUUAAAAGGGAAUGAAAUCCGAACAGCUUAAUCACCAAAUUUAAGUUAAGUUAAAAAAAAGGAGAAAUGAUUCUAG